CGCUUAUAUGUCCACAAGAUAUAAACGUAAACGUAGCAGGUGAUGAUUACGUGGCCACUACAUUCUGGACGGCACCCACUGUUACAGACAAUUCUGGAUAUAGCUUUACACCAAUGUGUGAUUACUUGAAUGGAAGUACUUUCUCUGAACUAAACACUACUGUCACUUGCAAUGCUACCGAUGAUUAUGACAACACUGGGUAUUGUACAUUCAACAUUAUCACAAAAUAUCUCCGAGACUGCACUGAAUACCUUAAAAACAAUGACGAGGCGAGUAGUGGUGACUACGUGAUUCAGCCUCAUGAGGAAGGCGAACCGUUCAGAGUGUACUGCGAUAUGGACACUGAUGGUGGUGGAUGGACGGUCUUCCAAAGACGGAAAGAUGGAACCAUCAACUUCUAUAAAGAUUGGUCAGAAUACAAAUUCGGAUUUGGGAAUGUCGAUAGCGAGCAUUGGCUUGGUAAUGAGAAAAUCCAUCGGCUUUCGUCUGCAGGUAACUACGAAUUAAGAGUUGACAUGUCAUCUUUCGAAGGGGAAUCUAAGUACGCCCACUACGACAACUUUCGACUUGCUGACGAACAGAACAAUUACAAACUGGUAAUUGGUAAUUACAGUGGCGAUGCAGGCGACUCUCUUGGAUAUUAUCAUCGUAAUUGUCAAUUUUCAACUUAUGAUAGAGAUCAUGAUUUGGUCUCCUAUAUGUGUGCGGUGAAAUUCAAAGGAGCAUGGUGGUACAAUGAUUGUCAUGAGUCGAACUUGAACGGCUUGUACAUGAAGGGUGUCACCGACGAGUACGCUACUGGAGUCGUGUGGAAUGCUUGGAAAGGUUUUUACUAUUCAUUGAAAACAACUGAGAUGAAAAUUCUGAAACACUUAAUUGCUGUAAUUGUGAUUGUUUGGUCAAUGGUUGUGCUGAUAGGACUAUUAUUAUACAAGGUGAAGGAGCAACUACGUGUUGGCGCUGAUUCGUGUGUUGCGACUCUUAUUAUUUGUCAGUAUGAUACAAGCACUGCAAAAUGGUGUUUGACUACAAUAUCUAUUGCGCAUUUAGGUGGAAAAGAGUACAAGGUUCUUGCAACUACAUGUGAUGUUGCUAAACCAUCUUCCUUGCACCUACAUGACACCAUGUUUAGAAAAGUGUCAGGAUUUGAUAGGAAUCCAUGCAAAUUAAGUCUGUCGAACUCGCCCAUUAGCUCCCCUAUAAAGCUUGGUUUCUAUACAAUCGCUACUCAGCAGUCGCUACAGCGUUUUUACUGCAAUCCUUUCACUGAGUAG